CAGGAAAACAACAACAGCUAUCACAACAAUGUGGUAUGCAUCAGUUCAAGCAGAAAAAGACCCAGCACACACCCAUAGGAUAACACUCAUCCUCUGUCCAUCGACGCUCAUUGACACCUGGUUAGGGGAGCUGACAGCCAGGUUUGGUGAUGCAUUCACCAUCCUCCUUUUCCACAGCCACUCAGCCCACACUUCAAAUUACACCCAGAAGGCCCUUACCAUUAAUACACUGGCAGACCUAGAGGCACAACUGCAGCAGCUUAACAACCAUGACAUGAAGACAUCGCGAACAAUUAUCCUCUCAUUAUAUAGUACAUGGGCUGCACGGACCCUAAGCGAAGUCACCAAGGUCAAGGGCAAAGGAAAAGCCCGCCAGCUAGACAGCACCAACAGCAAGGAUGAAAACCCCCUAAUGAGAGUACACUAG